AUGAACAGCAUAGAACUUCGAAACGACCUGGUUGGUCUCCUUAAUUCCAUCAAAGACAAGAAGAUGAAAGUCAGGCUCACAGAAUACAUGGACGCUUUCCUUAGCGGAAUCGCCGGGAAUUGUGUCUCAGGGAUGAUCCACCAUUUCAGCAGUCAAGAUCAACGCUUCUCCGAGCUCGUUGUCAUCGCAGAACAGGCAAGAACACCUGACCAAAGCAGACUACUCGGUGAAUCUCGGCACUCGAUGUUCUUGGAUGUUUCGCCUUCUUCUGACCCCCUUGUCCACGUGGCUAUGGUUCCGAGGAUAGAGGAUGACAAAGGGAGUUGCCAUAUGGCUAGGACUAUAGAUAGGGGGUGCAUUAUUAUGUCCGCCGAGACAGGCUUAUCUGUCGUGCCCUCUUUGAAACCUCUCGCAAGAGCGCAUGAGCUCCUACAGAAACUUGCGGAUCGAUUCGGCAACAGUCCGAUCAUCUGGGAUGCGGAAAUAGAGCACAACCUGAGAGCGGUUGUAGCCGAGCUCGAUAGAGCCACCACGCCCAUUCAGGACGUGGAAACCUUCGCGACCAUCAGCUGUGUUCUUCCGACAUUCAAUGUGCUUUUGAGGUAUGACGAUUACUGGGGCGCCUUGUUCAAGAAAGCGGAGUCCGAUCAAACAGGACUGAUCACGAAGAUCCAGCUGUGGAUGUACCGAGUCAUCAAGGGUAUCCCUGAACAGUCGCCGACGUGGGAGGUUGCGGAAUUGAGGAAGAGGAAAGAAGAGUUCGAGGCCUGGCAUUCGCUGUGGUGUCACCGUCGCGGGGAGACAGAGAAAGGGAAUUUUCCGCCCCUCCCGGAUCAACUCUCUACAUCAAGCGGUCGUUCGGGAACCUUGGAAGAGAAAGGUUCAGCUGCUGGUCGAACCGAGAGCAAUUCGCAAACUGGUACCGUGAUAGUUCAGCUCGGAACAAUUGACGAACCGAAAAAUCUCGCCACAUGUUGCACGGCUGAACUGGAGUCCAUGAAGCAUGCACUUGGCCGUCAUAUCUGUACGGGAUUUGCCGCGUGUUUCGGCAAGGUUCACGUUGAUUUGCUUGACGCUGAUUACGAUCUGGUUUACAAGCUUCUCAAGAACCUCGAACAGCUAGGUUUGCACACAAGCGCACGCAUACGCCUAGCAAAGUCGCUACCGAUGGAACGACAACAAGGUAGUCUCUUGAGGGAGAUUCGACGCGUACUGGCACAAAUGGACGAUGGGUUCGAGAAAGCGAGUGGAGCACUAGAGGCACUUGACGAGAUCCUCAACGGAGAUCGUACUGGGUUGCACGAGGAUGCCCAGAAGUUGAAGGAGAUGUUCAAUACAGAUGAGACAGAUGUUGCACCAUAUGUGGGAAAGUUGAGGGCAUUUUUGAAACUUCGCCACGAUUUGACCUGCGCGCACGCCAAGUUGAAUGAAUUCUACGAAUGGAUCAAGGAGUGGGAUAUGAUGUUGUCCAAGCGAAGCAAGAGCAACCUCAUUCUCGAUGACCGAAAGGAUCGCAGGGUGUUGGUGAUCGGAAGCCCGAGCCAAAAGUCCUUACGCCCCUACUCUGGCGAAAGCGUUGCCUCCAGGAAUGCUGAGAAAUGCGACUCUAUCGAUGGCCGUAGUGAGAAGAGGCCUGCCUCCACCGGUACAUUUUCGAUAUCGCUUGAAGGGAUUUCUACUUUCUUUACAAGCAGUGGACAGAACAUGCCCAACGGAAAGCGAUCAGGAGGACUCAUGGAGCGCGUGACGGACUAUCCAAAACUUGCCUGUUUGCAGGGUUGA